AUGCACGCGAAGACGGACUCGGAGGUGACCAGCCUCGCCGCCUCGUCGCCGGCGAGGUCUCCCCGCCGCCCGGUUUACUUCGUGCAGAGCCCCUCCCGCGACUCCCAUGACGGCGAGAAGACCGCCACCUCCUUCCACUCCACUCCGGGCAUCAGCCCCGCAGGUUCCCCCCCUCACUCCCACUCCUCCGCCAGCCGCUUCUCCAGGAAGAUUUCCCCCACCGACGCUGCCGCCGCCGGCGGCCGGCGCCGCUGCGAGGAGGCGACCGCGUGGAAGAACUGCAGCGUCAUCGAGGAGGAGGGGCUGCUCGAGGACGAGGACGGCGAGAGAGGGCUCCCCCGCCGCUGCCGAUACAUCCUCGCCUUCCUCCUAGGGUUCUUCGUGCUCUUCUCCUCCUUCUCCCUCAUCCUCUGGAGCGCCAGCCGUUCCCGCAAGCCCCAGAUCGAUGUGAAGGUGAGCUCGAUUUCGUCCCGAUCCUCCCUGCGAUUUCUUUGUGGCUCACGGAUCCUCUGGAUUUGGGAACAGACCGUGAGGUUUGAGAGCUUCAGCAUCCAAGCCGGGAGCGAUGGCAGCGGGGUGCCGACGGACAUGGUCUCCAUGAACUCCACCGUCAAGCUCUCCUUCCGCAACACCGCCGCCUUCUUCGGCCUCCACGUGAGCUCCACGCCGGUGGAGCUCUUCUACUCCCAGCUCGCAUUGGCCACCGGAAACGUGAGCCUCCGCCGAUCAUCUUCUCCGGCUCAGGGGAACUCAUCCUCACUGAUUCCACACUGGAUUUCUUCCGUGCACAGAUCGACAGCUUCUACCAGUCGAGGAAGAGCCAGAGAACCCUCACCGUGGUGGUGAGGGGGGAGAGGAUCCCUCUCUACGGCAGUAUUCCGGCGAGCGGCGGCGACGGCGGCCACAAUCCGCCACCAGUUCCGGUAACCCUAAGCUUCACGGUGAAGUCCAGGGCCUACGUGCUGGGGAAGCUGGUGAAGCCCAAGUUCUCCGUACCUGUGAGGUGCUUGGUGGCGCUGGACCGGACGAAGCUGAACGCCGCCGUCGCCCUCAAGAACUCCUGUCACUACGGCUGA